AUGGGUCAAGAUACCCAAUCUCGCGAUGGAAUUGAUUCGGUGGGUGACGUGCAGCAGCCAGUCGAGAUGGGUGAAGUCAUGGCCAAACAUGACUUACAAGACAUCUCCCAUGUCGAGCGGGUUCUAUCGCCGGGCGAUGACCUAAAGAAGGAAGACAUGGACUUAACCCGCGUGGAUAAGGAGAUUCAGAUGUAUGCUGCCCGAGGACAAGUGGUGGUUGAUGAGGCCACCAACAAACGAUUGAAGCGCAUGAUUGAUCGCCGUGUAUUGGUUAUCAUGAUCUGCACAUACUUCCUCCAGGCAUUGGAUAAGGGAACAAUGUCCUUUUCGUCUAUUAUGGGAAUAAAAAAGGACGCACACCUGGAAGAUGGACAAAAGUACUCGUGGCUCACGACCUGCAUUUACAUCGCAGUCCUGACAGUCGAAUACCCGACCAAUUGGAUCAUUCAGCGAGUUCCGAUUGCAAAGUAUCUGGGAAUAAAUAUCUGUCUCUGGGGUAUGACACUAGCAAUGCAUGCUGCCUGUCACAACUUCGCAGGCUUGGCCACUGUGCGAACCCUGUUGGGUAUUUUCGAGGCUUGUUGUCAGCCUAUCUUCGUCGUUCUCUCCUCCAUGUGGUAUAAGAGAGAAGAACAGGCUGCCACGGUCACGUACUGGUAUAUGAUGAAUGGCGCCCAGCAGAUUGUCGGAGGCCUAUUGGCUUAUUGUUUUACUCUCAUUGGAGGUGAUAAGGUUCUCAAAUCCUGGCAGGCUUUAUUUUUGACCUACGGGGUCGUGUCUGUGAUGUGGGGUAUCUUCGUCCUUUGGUACAUGCCCGACUCUCCGAUGCGUGCCAAGUGCUUCAGUGAAGAAGACAAGCACCUCAUGAUUGAGCGCCUGCGAUCCAAUCAGACCGGUAUUCAAAAUAAGGAGUUCCGCUCUUAUCAAGUAUGGGAGGCUCUCCGUGAUCCCCAAACCUGGUGCUACUGCUCCAUCCAGAUCUUCACAACUCUUCCGACCAGUGGUCUGGGUGCGUUUGCGGGUAUCAUUAUGACUGGCUUUAACUUUACAACUUUGCAAAGUCAGCUGCUGGCUAUGGUGUUGGGAUUCUAUAUUAUCAUCAUCUUAUUGACAUCCGCCUGGCUGGUGAAGAAGUAUAACCAGAAUCUUCUCGUCAUGCUCGGUUUUGUGGUUCCUUCGUAUAUUGGAACUAUCGUGUUGAUGACCGUUGCCAACACUACACUGGCCACAAAGGUGGGCCUGUUGUUCAGCUACUACAUCACGCUGUCUUUCUGGUCGGCCCAAACACUAUGUCUCUCUAUGGUGUCUAGAAAUAUUGCUGGACAGACCAAAAAAGCGACUGUAGUAGCCGCCACAUUUAUCUCGUGGGCUGCAGGCAAUGCGAUCGGCCCACAAGUGUUUUUAGACUGGGAUGCGCCAAGGUAUCAUAUUGCCUGGAGUGUACACCUAGCUUGUUAUGCUUGCAUGACUGCAGCUGUAAUAUAUCUGCGCUUCCACUUGAUUCGCCAGAACAAGAAGAAGGAUGCGAUUCUGGCUGCUGAAGGAUUGACUGCCGCUGAUCCAAACUUGAUCCACGCAUUUGAGGAUAAAACCGAUCGGGAAAACAUCAAUUUCCGAUAUGUUUACUAG